CUUAUCGUCGUAAUCGGCUGUCGCUGGCGAUACCAGUCAACCGCGAAGGUUACUCGAGAUGCAGCAUGUACGAUGUAAAUUACACGGAAAUUUUGCUAAAUGGAAGCCACGUACCGGACCCAUCGUGGCCAACGAAAGAUUGCCAACAAGGAUGGGAAUUUAAUUAUACCACCGUCCCUUAUGCGUCUGUGGCAUCCGAGGUGACAGAAAAUGUUCGACUUCUGGGAUGGGUUUGUCAGUAUGAUGCAUUGCCAACCAUAGCUCAAAGUAUCUUCUUCAUCGGCGCUAUCUUCGGAGGAUUAAUUUUUGGAUGGGUUGCUGAUCAAUAUGGAAGAAUACCAGCUUUGCUCGGAGCUAAUUUAAUGGGAUUUCUCGCUGGGGUGGCUACUGCGUUCACGGGUAGCUUCUGGCAGUUCACUUUGUGUCGUUUUUUCGUUGGAUUCGCCUUUGAUAAUUGCUUCACUAUGAUGUACAUAUUAGUAUUAGAAUACGUUGGACCAAAGUGGAGGACAUUCGUGACGAAUAUGUCGAUCGCAAUAUUCUUCACAUUUGCAACUUGCAUUCUACCCUGGAUCGCCUAUUAUUUGGCCGACUGGAGGAUGACCUGUAUUGUCACCUCAGUUCCUCUUGUUCUAGCCGUAGGUACGCCAUGGUUGAUACCGGAAAGCGCUCGAUGGCUGGUCAGCCAAGGUCAGAUAGACAGGGCCAUUAAAAUCCUUGGUAAAUUCGAGCGAAUCAACGGCACCAAGGUGCCCGAUGACAUCUAUAGACGAUUCCGGGAAACCUGUGCCAGAAUCUGCAAAGAGGAGGAAGCAGACAAAACGUACUCCGUGUUGGAUCUAUUUAGAACGCCACGACUACGGAAUAUCACGAUUCUAUUUAUUGUUAUUUGGAUGGCGAUUUCUUUGGUGUUCGAUGGUCACGUACGAAACGUCGAUAAUUUAGGCCUGGACGUGUUUAUUACGUUCACGAUUGCUGCAGCAACCGAGCUGCCUGCUGACACGUUCUUCACGCUCGUUCUUGAUCGAUGGGGCAGAAGAUGGCUGGCGUGUGGUUCCCUCGUCAUUUCUGGUAUCUUCAGCAUCUGGGCUUCUGCCGUUUCCAAUAGUAUAUAUACAGCUUCUCUGGCAAUUCUCGGUAGAUUUUGGAUAAACAUUGCAUACAAUAUCGGUCUCCAAUAUGCGGCUGAAGUAUUACCAACUGUUGUUAGAGCUCAGGGUGUAGCUUUGAUACAUAUAAUGGGAUACGUUGCUAGUAUCCUCGCACCCUUCGUAGUCUAUCUCAAUGUUGUGUCCUCGUUCCUACCUCUUCUUGUGCUGGGCACACUCGGAAUUAUGGGCGGUCUUCUGACUCUCUUUUUGCCGGAAACAUUGAAUAAGGAUCUUCCGCAGACGCUGCAGGACAGCGAGGAUUUUGGAAAAGAUCAGAAGAUGUGGGAUGUACCUUGUAUCGGAAGGUAAAAUCACAUAAAGGAACUUUCGGUCUCCUUUUUUCAAAGAUAUUCACAGAUCUUCAAGCUCGAAGUUCAAGAUUCUCAAGCAUUCUGUUAGAUCUACAUCUUCGUAUGCUUUCGUAUUACUUUCUUCUUAAAAUCUGUUAAAUCUC